CCGGCCCGCUCCCCGGCUGGAGCCCGGGUCAGCUUGGCAUCUCCCUCCAGUCAGUGACCAACUCCUGCCUUAGCGAGUGUUCUGCUCGUCCCCCUCGGUUCCCUCCCAGCCUUCCUCCCGCCAUCGGACCUAGCCCCGCAGUGGCAGGCUGAGGAGAAGCGAAGAAAGGAGGGUUAAAGAGAAGAAAGACCUGGCUGGGUCUGGGUGGUGUCUGCAGUGCCAGAAAGGGAGGUGGCGGCGGCGGCGGCGGCUGCGACCACGGCCGCGCGGGACGUGAGGCCCGAGAGCAGCCGACGGCGGCGGCCGCUCCAGAGCCUCGCGCCGGGGCCGUUAGUCAGCAGAACGCGAGCCCGAGUGGAGGAGCCGGGCCGGCGCGAGGCGAGACUCCAGAGCGCUAGCCGGCCCCCUCGGGCGCCGCCGUCCCUCCUCGUCCGGGCCCCGGGGGCUGCGGCCCUUAUCCCCCCCUCCUCCGCCGCGCCCGCCCGCAGGCCGGGAGAGUCCGGCGGUGGCGGCGGCAGCAGCGUGGGUCGCACCUUGUGGAGGACAGCGCGUCGGCCCAGGCUCUCUCCCGGCCCUUUCUUCCCGACACCUUGGCCUCGGCCCCUCAAGUGCAGAAGAUGAAUAAUCUUUCAUUCAGUGAGUUAUGUUGCCUCUUCUGCUGUCCACCUUGCCCUGGGAAAAUUGCUUCAAAAUUAGCAUUUUUGCCACCUGACCCAACUUACACACUGAUGUGUGACGAAAGUGGAAGCCGCUGGACUUUACACCUGUCAGAGCGAGCAGACUGGCAGUACUCUUCUCGAGAAAAAGAUGCUAUUGAGUGUUUCAUGACUAGAACCAGUAAAGGCAACAGAAUUGCCUGCAUGUUUGUGCGUUGUUCACCCAAUGCCAAGUACACUUUACUCUUCUCACAUGGAAAUGCUGUUGAUCUUGGUCAGAUGAGCAGCUUUUACAUAGGACUGGGCUCACGGAUUAACUGUAAUAUAUUCUCUUAUGAUUAUUCUGGAUAUGGUGCAAGUUCUGGGAAGCCAACGGAGAAGAACCUCUAUGCAGAUAUAGAAGCUGCUUGGCUUGCUCUUAGGACAAGAUACGGCAUUCGCCCUGAAAAUGUGAUUAUAUAUGGCCAAAGUAUAGGGACAGUACCAUCUGUGGAUCUUGCUGCUCGGUAUGAGAGUGCUGCUGUUAUUCUUCAUUCUCCUUUGACCUCGGGAAUGCGAGUCGCUUUUCCUGAUACCAAGAAGACCUACUGUUUUGAUGCAUUCCCAAACAUUGACAAAAUCUCUAAGAUAACCUCUCCAGUAUUAAUAAUUCAUGGGACUGAAGAUGAAGUCAUUGACUUUUCACAUGGCCUCGCAUUGUUCGAGCGUUGCCAAAGACCUGUGGAGCCUCUGUGGGUGGAAGGGGCAGGUCACAAUGAUGUGGAACUUUAUGGACAGUACCUCGAAAGGUUGAAACAGUUUGUGUCACAGGAACUGGUAAAUUUGUAAAAUGUUCUGUAAAUUUGCAUACUGGGUUUUCUUUCCUUGCUGAACUGCACUCUUUGGUAAAUAACAUAAAACCUGAAGGUUUUGUUUGCAAAUCAUGUCAGUUGCCUUCAUAAAUGUACAGGUAAUGAUUUGUUAACAGACUUAAUGAAGGUUUUAAUUACCAGAACUAGAAACUGGAAAUAACAGUAUCAUGCAGUCAGGCUGUGUAAUUUAUAUUUUUUCUGUGAAUUUUUUUUUAAAACAUCAAAAUGAGUACUGUAUGAAAUUUUAAUUCUAUAAAAUCAAAUGCUGUAAAAGUAUUGCCAAAUGCUUUUGCAUAUCAGAAACAGAUUUAUAAAUAUUUUUAAAACAUCUCAAUGUACUAAAUCUUAUCCGGGUAUACAAAUAUAAUAUUCUUUCAAUAAAAGGCUGUAUAUCUAAAGCAAAUUAAGUACUCAUAGUAGAAUAAGCUGUAGGAAAAUGUGCAAGUUCACUAGAGCAACCUAAGCCCUGUUGUACAGGGAAAAGGGUUUAAACUUAUUUUAUUGUAAAAUACAUUGAAUUUUCUGUAUUCCCUGGUUAUCAUACACUUUCUCCUUUAAAAAAAAAUGAUGUAAGUCUUAAUUUUUAUGACAUCUGUUCAUUUACCAACUAGUUACCUUGUAAGUGAGAAGUCACAAUAGCACUGAAUUUUAACUAGUUCUGAUUUAUAGGUUUGGUACUGUGAGGCAACUACUUAAAAUUUUCAUUUUUGUUUUUUAAAAGGCAUUUAGAGCUUCAAGAAUGAUUUUUGUAUGCAAUGUUGUUUUAAAUUUUGACUAAUCUCAUAGAAUUGCUGUACUCUUCAGUGUAAGAAAACCUGAGAGUCCAUUAGAUGUUCUUCAAGACCACAAACAAGCUGGCUUUUUGGUCAUUUUUCACUUUGGCUAUUUUUAAUAGGACCUGUUGUUUUAGAUUACUAUCAGAGAAUUUCAUGGAUUUACUCCUGAUACAGGAAAUAAGAGAACAUUUAAUUCAUAACUUUUAUAUUAACCAAUGUAGUAAAAAACAAAGCUCACUCACAAAACUAAGUUGCCUUUCCUUGAAUGAAUCCUGCCUGAAUAAAACAAUGAAAGAAAAAUAAAAAUAAAAUUAAUGGUAUGUAGUCUAAAUUGUAAAUGAAUGAAUAUUGAAAUAAUACACACUGUGGAUAUAUUUUAAGGCCUUAUGUAGUUUUAAUUGUUCUGCUUGUUCUGUGGUUAUGUCUAAGACUAUAGUAUAUGAUUCUCUUCAAAGUAUAUCAAGUAUUGUGAAUGCUUUGGUUCAGAUGUGUCAAAUUAACAGUAAAACAACAAAUAUACCACCCA